AUGGAAGCAAUAAAGAAACUUGCCGGCGCAUAUCUGGUCGGCAUCUCAGUAGUGGUCGCGGUUUUCUUCAUCAUCAACCUAUUCCUGGUGGGUGCAAUCAAUGUGCUCGCGGUCUGGCACGUGCUGGACGUGUUGAUGCUGAUUGGCCUGGCACUGGGGAUGGGUUUCAACUACAUCCAUAAGAAGCGAGCCAGCGACCGCGAGGCCGGCGACUCCGUGUCUCGCGGGUAUCUCGAGGCCAACGUCACCUUCUAUGCCACCACAGUGAUCACGAUUUUGUUUCUGCACAACUGGUUCGCUUUCCUGGCGACCGGCGACGUGAGCCAAGGUGACAACCACACCCCGUGGGUGAUCUGGGCCGUGGUGGACACUGUCCUGCCCAUCGUGUUGGGCGUCACCGGUUGCCGCCUCUGGCGGGAAGCCGCCCGCGCAUAA